CACAUAAUCCAGAAGACAAAAUGUUAUUUCAUCCACUAAUGUGUGUCCAGUUCUAGUGUGUUCCUCCUGCUUUCUUCCUCUUGCUCAUAGUUAGUUCUUGUAUAGCUGCAGUCAUUAGUAUAUCUGUUCUCUGCUUGCCUUCAUUUUCUGUAAGAGCCUUUUGGUUUGAAGCACUGCGUUUACACAGUAGUGACUUGCUGCUCUGUUUGUUCUUCUUUCCGGAAAAGGGGGCUCUGAUUCCAACCAGCUGUUUCCCGCCUCACACAGAUCAGCUGCACACACACACACACACAGUAGGCGGAGGCAGCAGACACAUACACACACACACACACACGUAGUAGUAGGCGGAGGCAAGAAGCCACACACACACAUUGGAGGGAACCCCAUCAGCUGUGGAGAGCAACACAGCCUCAACUUACUUUUAUAUUUCUCACUUUAUCAUUCAGAUUAACGGAUUUUGAAGAGGUUUACUGGAUAUGCGGCACUGAGGAGCACAACAACGAUAAGCUCUGCGGUUAAAAAAACAAAAACAAAAAAACGUGCAUCAAGGAGGGCCAGUGGAGGGAGAAAAAAAAAACAAAAAAAAACACGGGACUUCACAAGGUGGCUUUGAAAGCAUGGAAUAUUUCAUGAUGCCGACAGAGAAGAUACCUUCCUUACAGCAGUUCAAGAAGACGGAGAAGGAUGUUAUCGGAGGUCUCUGCAGCCUGGCCAAUAUCCCCCUCAGUCCAGAGACGGCCCAGGACCAGGAGAGACGAAUCCGCCGCGAGAUCGCCAACAGCAACGAACGCCGGCGCAUGCAGAGCAUCAACGCGGGCUUCCAGUCCCUCAAAACACUCCUGCCCCACACAGACGGAGAGAAACUCAGCAAGGCGGCCAUCUUGCAGCAGACAGCAGACUACAUCUUCGCUUUGGAGCAAGAAAAGACACAGCUCCUGGCACAGAACAACCAGCUCAAACGUUUCAUCCAGGAAUUCAGUGGUUCGUCACCUAAGAGGAGGCGAGCGGAGGAGAAGGACGAAGGGAUCGGGUCUCCAGACACCCUGGAGGAGGAGAAGGUGGAGGAGGUGCGGAGGGAGAUGUUAGAGCUGCGGCAGCAACUGGACAGGGAGCGUUCUGCUCGUAUGCAGCUGGAGGAGCAGAUGCGCUCUCUGGACGGCCAGCUGCACCCCGAGCGUCUGAAAGUGAUCACCCAGCAGGUGGAGGAGGAGCAGGCGCUCAUCCAGAGCCAGACGUUGUUACGGCUGCAGCAGAUCCACGCCGCUGACAGGCAAACACACAGUCCACAGGUGCUGGCUCCUCCCACUCCCCCUGCCCCAACACACCACCCCACAGUCAUCGUCCCGGCUCCGACACUAACCCAGCAACCCCACCACCAUGUCACUGUGGUGACCAUGAGCCCAUCUGUCCACACCAGCACUGUGUCCACGUCCAGACAGAACCUUGACACCAUUGUGCAGGCCAUCCAGCACAUCGAACGCACUCAGGAGAGGAGAGCGAGCGCCGAGGAGGAGCAGAGACGAGCCGUCAUCGUCAGCCCCGCCCACGUCGCCAUGGACACCGCCUGCUCGGACACAGACACGGACACGGAGGGAGAGGACUGCUCGAUGAACUGAGCAUCCCAUGAACUCGCAUACACACACAAACACUUAAAAUACCUACUCACUGUAAGAUUCCCUCCAGGAGCUUGACUACUUUUUAAAAAAAAAAAAAAAAAAAAAAUCUUUCUUUGGCAUUAUCCAAACUCCUAAAUCCAGUAGUUAAGCUCUGUGUCAGUCUUGUACUGUAAAAUCUCUGAAGAUUGAAAACAUAGGAUGGUCAGCGUGCAGAAGAAACCCAGCGGGAUUCCUAGAGGCUGGUUUUCAAUGUCCGUGACUACUUGAAAACUUGAGGGGUCUCCUCAUGUAAAAGCUAUCCGCAUCAGUCCGUCCUUCAUGCAUGUUUAUAAGUGCUACAUACAGUCACAGUAUCACAGUUACCUGUCAUCACUGGCGCGCUGACAGUAUUAUUUGUGCUACAAAAUUCAUAGAUGUCAGUAUAAUGGAGAGUUGAAUGUAACAACACAAUAAGCAAGCAGCUCUUUACUUUUUGAUCCUGAAAAGUUAUAUGGAGUUGCAGUUAUUUCUUCCCCAGUCUUAUUUUUUUUUUUUUGUUUGUUUUUCAUAUGUUCCUCGGUUAGCCAGGUGAUAUUCUAGUGCCAGCGGCCAUGAAACCCAACAAAAACUACAACUGAAGGCAUUCCGAAAUUCAAAAGUUUGGAGAAAAUUCAAACUUCGUUCAUUUGAGUAUAGACGUCAAAUAAAAAUUAUGUCUGAUUUACUUGAAAGAAAGGUUGUUUCUUUAUAUCUGAUUUAAGCCCUUAAAAAAAUAAGCUGUUGAACAAUUGACAUUGAUCAUCUUUUAGUUUCAGUGUGUUUUUAUGUUUUUGUUGUAUUUUCUUUCAGGGUUACUGAAUGUUGAAGAUGAACAUUUUCUUCUAUUGAGAUUAGCAACUUAAAAUUGGAGGUUUGUCAGGUUUUCACAAGGAACCGGAGGCCUUGAGGUGGAUUUGAGCCAACUAAAGUAGACUGCUUCAUUUGUUAUUCACCGGUAACUCAAACAAACCAAAUGUUGGUUCAUUGCCUGAAAACAAAACAUUUACCAGCACGAUAAUGGCUGAUGUUCAUUUUCGAUCAAUCUGAGACAGUUUGAGUGAAUCAAAUUUAAUCCUUGCAAUAAAAAAUAUAAAAAGUUUGGCUGAUGUUAAAAUCUAAAACAGAUUUAGAUGAUUCACAGUUUACACAAAGGCUUCCGGUGUUCCUCCUAAGACUUCCAGUCUGUCUCCUGGUCUUGCUCUUUUGAUUUCAGUAACUAUGCACUAGAGUUUUUGGUAUUUAUGCAAUUCCAUCUUCAGAACAUUUGUUGGCGUCAUUUAUACAUGAGGUGAAAUUAUCUAUGCACCGUUGAUAGGUGUGUACAUUACACCUACAGUAUAUGUAUGAAACUUGACAUGCUUGUAUCAAAGAAUGUAGUCUCUACUUGCAAGGUGCUCUUUGUCAACCUGGUGCUCUGCUGACAAGCAGUGAGCCGAGGCCAAAACUCUUCACGUGACUUCGCAGUCGUUGCAGUUGAUCCCGUUUUCUUAACGUGCGUCUGAAUUUUUUCAGGGAAAUGAAAUAAGUCAUUUCCACAUGUUGGAAUUGUUUUUGAGUGUAAGGGAGCAGGGAGGAGUUCUGUUCGGUUACACGUGGCAGCGAGAUUCGCGCUGUUUCAUAUUGUGAUAUUUGCAUAAAAAUGAAAAAAAUAACCCUCAGAACAUACACGCGACCACUGACCCAAACUUAACGUCUAAAAAAAAUGUUGGAAAAGGAAGCUGUGUAGAAGAGAAGUCAGAAAGCUGAUGUCGCUGUACGUUUUCCAUUCAUCAAAUUACUACAAAAACUGCUAAAUCAGUUCUCUGGAACACGGAUGAAAUGCACCGAACUGAGUCGCAGAUCUCCACCCCAAUGCCCGUCUUUAUAAAACACACCAAGUCUGUCCACCUCAUGUUACGAUGCUUACAUUUGUCUCGGGAAUUUGACUGGAAAUCCCUCCUCCGAGCCUCUCUCCUGUCAUACUCAAUUCGAUAUGCUGACUUGAUGCUGUAAACAUUCCAUUUCUUUGGAUUUGUAUCUGUCUUUUGAUCUUAUAUGUUCUGUUGCCAAUUGAAUGCAUUUUACUAAUUGCUGUUUUCUCUUGUCUAAAGCAGGCUUUCAUUUUGACAUUCUGUUUAUUUUUUUAUGGAUUUUUUUUUUUUUUUUUUCAUGGAUACGUGACUAAUGGGUUCAGUGUGAAACUGUCUUGUGUGAGAUGUGUGAACACCUUUCACUCACUGACAUCAGUUUUAUAUCUGGUUAGACUAGUAUUUCAUGCCAAACAUGGGGGGGGGGGGGGGGUUGGGGGAGGGGCAGAUUGUCAUAGUUUGUUUGUGAAACUUUGUUCAAGGGUCGAGUGUUUUACUGACGAAUGUUAAACCACGGCCUAAAGUCAAACUGGUAGAUCCGUACUUUGGCAAAGGUUUUUUUAUUGGUCAAGGAGACACUUUUCACCCCAAAAUGUUUCUGUACAUUGUGUUGCAGCACUGUUGUCUUUUGGUGGAUUUUGAGAUAUUUGAUAUGAAGCACUUGCUGUUCUGUACUGCCUGAAUCAACGAUGACGAAGAUUUUUUUUUUUUUUUUUUUGUCAUUUAUUAUUUUUGUAAGCUCUUUUGCUGUGACACAAUUUAACAGCUGUUUAUUGUGUUCUGCUUUCCUGUCUUUUCAUCUGUCUUGUUCUGUUUUUCACUUUUGGUGACAAGCAUCUUUUUAUAUUUUUGUGUGAAUUUUGUUUUCUUUUUUGUU